AUGGAGGUGUCUCCGGGGAAAGCUCGAGGAGGGCGCGUGUGCCUCGGCCGCCGUCCGCCGUCUGGCGCCGGCCCACCGGGCCUCCGCCCACCUCGACAUGUCCCCGACUGCUCGGGACGGAGCGAGCGGCUGAGCGAGACCUGGGAGUCCCCCGGAGCGUUCGAGCGGGCGAGCGAGCGGUCCAACCUUUCCUCGGGCACCGGACGACAACAAGCAGUGAGGCCCCACCCGCCGCCCGUCCGUCCCGAGCGGCGCCUCACAGCCCGCGCGUCCCCAUUGGAGGAUUGCGCUGGCCAUCGCCGCGGAUCUCCUCUUCGGUUGGCUGAGAGGGACGUCAGUCAGGGCAGCGCUCCCGCCCUCCGCGGGGCACACCCGAGGCCCCUCCCUCAGGCUGAAGCGCUCGGCCUCCUGAUUGGCUGGCGGGGACAAAGACGGGGGGAGCGGCUGUCAAUCACCGCGGGGUUGUGCGCGGGCGCCCCCACCCGUCUCGCAGCGCGUUGCGGCCCCGGGGGCGGGGCGAGGGGCGGAGCCUCCGGUACCGGAACGCUCGGGCGCGGGGACGCGUUUCCCGCCGGACCGCGCGGAAGUACCGGCGGCGAUGGCUCUGCCCGGUGCCCCCGGCCCGGCCCCGGACGCGGCCCCGCCGCCGCCGCCCACCGUGCUGAUGGCGGUGCGGGCGGGGCUGGCGCGGGCCGCCCGCCUCCCGCCGCUCCCCGCCGCCGCCGCGCUCCGCCUGCAGCUCAGCGUCCAACCCGCGGCCGGCGGGGAGCGCCGCUUCCGCCUGGGCCUGCGGCACCCGGAGCCCGCGGGCGGGGAGCCCGUCGCCGAGUACGACCUGCGGGACAUCUCGUACCGGGUGUGCGGCCCCGCGGCCCACGAGCUGACGGUGCCCGGCGCCCCCCAGGAGCCGCUGGCCUUGGCCUUCGAGGACGAGCGGGAGGCGCAGAAGUGGUGGACGGUGCUCAGCAGCUCCCUGCGCGAGCCUCGGACAACGCGCUGGCGGCGCCGGCACCGUCCCUGCCCGCGGCUGCCGGCGCUGACGCCGCGGACGUGGAUCCGGAGACGGCUCAGUCCCUGGAGCUGGUGGAGAAAGAGGAGCUGGCCCUGCGCCUGGCCAAGGCCAUCGAGUACGGUGACGAGGAGGCGGCGGCGCGGUGCGCGGUGGCGCUGGCGCGGCAGCUGGCCACGCUGCGCAUCCUCUGGAGGGAGGACAUGUACCCCAGCGACGAGAUCAGCAUGGCGGUCGGCGUGGAGGACGCCACGUCGUCGGCCAGCAUCACGCUCCGCGUCCGCGCUCACACCACCGUCGCCGAGCUCAAGGAGCAGGUGUUCCGCGAUUACGGUUUCCACCCGCUGGUCCAGCGCUGGAUCAUCGGGCAGUGCCUGUGCGUGGACGACCGCACCGUCUCGUCCUACGGCGUGCGCCGCGACGGCGACACCGCGUACCUGUACCUGCUGUCGGCCAGCGCGGCCCAGCUCACCGAGCAGCGCUACGAGGAGGACCAGGCGCGGGUGAUGCUCAGCGCCACCUCCCCGCCCACCGACGGCAACGGGGAGCGCCGGAAAUACAACACCCUGCCCAGCGUCUCCCCAAAAAAAGGGCAGGGGAGUGAGGCCGGCAGGAGAUGGGACGCUGGGGACAUCAGCCAGCACCUGGACUCGCUGCAGCUCGGGGACCUGUUCAGCACCCCCCCAGCGCCCAGCCUGCCCUCGCCGGUGCCGGCGGGCUGGUCGUGUCCCCAGUGCACCUUCAUCAACAAGCCCACGCGCCCCGGCUGCGAGAUGUGCAGCGCCGACCGGCCCAGCGACUACGUGGUGCCCGGUGGCCACCAGCCCGACGAGUCGGAGCUCUGGCGCAUGCAGCAGGAGCAGGAGGGGAUCCGGCAGUACCAGCAGGGACAGCAAGAGGACGGCUCGGCCGCGCUGCGCCCCGGGGGCAUGGGGUGACGUCAGCCCGCCCCCCCAGUUCUGCUGCCCCCCCCCCAGUUCUGCUGCCCCCCAGCUCUGCUAGACCCCGCUCUGGCCGGGCCCAGUGUCCCCCAGUGCCCCCCAGGACCCCCCGUCGUCCCCUAUGGUCCCACAGUGCCCACCAGGACCUCUCAGUGUCCCCCCAGUGUCCCUGAGGGUCCCCCCAUGUGCACCCAGAAGCUGCCACCAGGCCCCCCCACACUAAGAGCUGGUGUGGGGACGUGCUGCAGAAGCUGAGCCUUGGGGGCCAUACUUGGGGGGCUCUGAGCCUUGGGGGCCAUACUUGGGGGGCUCUGAGCCUUGGGGGGCCGUACUUGGGGGUCUUUGAGGCUUGGGGGGCUCUGAGCCUUGGGGGUCUCAGUCUCAAGAGGGUCUGUGCUCAGGGGUCUUGGAGGCUCGGGGGGGCUGUACUUGGGGGUCUCUGAAACUCAGGGGGCUCUGAGGCUGGGGGGGGCAUCCUUGGGGUCUCAGGCUUGGGGGGCUGUGCUUGGGGGUCUCUGAGGUUUGGGGGGGUCUCUGAGGCUUGGGGGGCUGUGCUCAGGGGUCUCUGAGGUUUGGGGGUCUCUCAGGCUCAAUGGGGACCCUACUUGGGGGCCUCUGAGGUUUGGGGGUCAGGCUUGGGGGGCCAUGCUUGGGGGUCUCUGACACUUGGGGCCCUGUACUUUGGGGUCUCUGGGACUUGGGGGUCUCUGGGGCUUGGGGGGCCGUGCUCGGGGGUCUCGGGCUCAAGGGGGGCUGUACUUGGGGGUCGGGCAGGCUCGGGGGGCCCAUGCUCAGGGUCUCUGAGACGUGGGGGUCUCGGGGGGGACAGGUUGGUUAUUCUGUGUCGCACUUUGCACUGGAGAUCUGGCCCCACAGCGGGACCCCCACAUCCCUGGGGGAGGGACGGGACCCCCGGUUUGGGCCCCGUGGGGGGGGACUGCAACCCCCCAAGCGUCUGUUGGGUGCCUGGCAAUGCCAUGGGGGGUGCCACAUGUGGACCCCCCCCCAAUUAAAGCCUUAUCCCACCA